AGGUGGAGGGAGGAGAUCCUCCAGGGGUGGAUCUUGUAGAAUGCUGCCUCUCAAGACCCUCCCAGACGGUAUGUAGGAAGGGCAGACUGGUCUGCCAUAGGACUGCCACGCAGGCUGAGGUUAUGCCACAUGGGUGACAGAUGUUUGACACCCAGACCCGUGUCUUGUGUGAGAAGGCGGAAGGGUCACCCUCCUCCUGGAGAGAGCAGCCAUGAAGCUUUGCUUCUAAGAGGAGAGAAGGCAAGCACAGCCUAUGAGCAAACGUGAGCCGUGCCUCCCCUCCCCCAGGAGGCCAGGAAGAGGGUAGCAGGAGGGGCGGUGUGAUUACAUUCAUGGAAAUGAGCCUGCUAGAGAGGAGCCGUGCUCGAGUGUCAGCUGCUGCUGCAUCCCCGGGGCUGCGCCAGCCUUCCCCACCAGGCUCCGCUCACUCCCGCCCGCUGUUUGGCCAUUCGGCUUUUGUCUCCUCUGGACGCCUCCUCCCCUGCCCUUGUGUGCUGGCACUCAAAUGCUGUUCUUGCUCCAGCUCUCCCUGCACCCAGAGCUGGGAGAGCUCUGAGGAGCCUGGGCCUGUGGGGUUGCUGUACAGAUCCACCUUGGCCUCUGACAUGAAGAACUACAGACCAGCUGAGGUUUUGAUGUUGCUGCCCAGGGCUUGACAGGACACUGGGGCCAGAGAAGAGGGGACACGCUGCUGAGGCCUGGGUGGAUUUGCCUGGAAAGAAUGUAGACUCUAGUGUGUAAAUGUCCACAUUGGCAGUUUGCCCACCACAUCUGUCUCGGAGGCCAUUCGUGCUUGCUGCAUGUGUAUUCAACAAGCCUUUCCCAGUGACCUCACUGCAGAAGAGCGUCAGGAACUGGAGAACAUCCGGCGGAGGAAGCAGGAGCUGCUGGCUGACAUUCAGAGGCUGAAAGACGAGAUAGCAGAAGUCGCUAAUGAAAUUGAAAGCCUGGGAUCCACAGAGGAAAGGAAGAACAUGCAGAGGAACAAACAGGUAGCCAUGGGCAGGAAGAAAUUUAACAUGGAUCCUAAAAAGGGGAUCCAGUUCUUAAUAGAAAAUGACCUGCUGAAGAACACUUGUGAAGAUAUUGCCCAAUUCUUAUAUAAAGGGGAAGGGCUUAAUAAAACAGCCAUUGGUGACUACCUUGGGGAGAGAGAUGAGUUCAGCAUCCAGGUCCUGCAUGCAUUUGUCGAGCUCCACGAGUUCACCGACUUAAACCUCGUCCAGGCCUUGCGGCAGUUCCUGUGGAGCUUCCGGCUCCCUGGAGAGGCCCAGAAGAUCGACCGGAUGAUGGAGGCCUUUGCCCAGCGGUACUGUCAGUGUAAUAACGGGGUGUUCCAGUCCACAGACACUUGCUACGUCCUCUCCUUUGCCAUCAUUAUGCUGAACACCAGCCUGCACAACCCCAAUGUCAAGGACAAGCCUACAGUGGAGAGAUUCAUUGCCAUGAAUCGAGGCAUCAAUGAUGGAGGAGACCUGCCCGAGGAGUUGCUCCGGAAUCUCUAUGAGAGCAUAAAAAACGAACCCUUUAAAAUCCCGGAAGAUGACGGGAAUGACCUCACCCACACUUUCUUCAACCCGGACCGAGAAGGCUGGCUGCUGAAACUUGGAGGUGGCAGGGUGAAGACCUGGAAGAGGCGCUGGUUCAUUCUGACAGACAACUGCCUUUACUACUUUGAGUACACCACGGAUAAAGAGCCCCGUGGGAUCAUCCCCUUAGAGAAUCUGAGCAUCCGAGAGGUAGAAGACUCCAAAAAGCCAAACUGCUUUGAACUUUAUAUCCCUGACAAUAAAGACCAGGUGAUUAAGGCCUGUAAGACGGAGGCUGACGGGCGAGUGGUGGAAGGGAACCACACUGUGUACCGCAUCUCAGCCCCCACUCCCGAAGAGAAGGAGGAGUGGAUCAAGUGCAUCAAAGCUGCCAUCAGCAGAGACCCUUUCUACGAGAUGCUUGCAGCACGGAAAAAGAAGGUCUCCUCCACAAAGAGACACUGAGAGCAAACCAGGGCACAGCCAGCCCAGGAUCUGUGCCCCUUUCUCCUGCCUCCCCUUGAGGGGCGCUGCGGAGCCCAGCAAAGGAGAGCAGAGGGCUCCCCUGCCAGUCCCUGCCAGCUCCCAGAGACUAAGCUUCAGCUUUCGCAGUUUUCUAGGUGGGAGAAGGGUGGCAGUGAGGGCUGGGGCUGGAGACUGCUACUGCCACUCCUGGGCACUGGAGCCGCUCCCAGCACCAAUCGCUGCUAGCAGCAGAGCAGCGCUGCGAUCCCCACGCCCUCGGCUCAGCGGGCUGACCGCAGCGCCCAGAGCUCUUUCUUUACCUCGCAGUGUUCCUGGCCAAGGGCCUUCACCUCUGCUCCACAGAUGCCUGUGAGGACGUACUCUUACGUUAUACUAAGGAGAAAGGAGGAAAGGAAAAGAAGCCACGCACUAUAAAGAUUUAUUUUUGUUUUUUUAAGCAAAAGUGAACGUAGCACUGUAUCCUGCUCUCCUGUGCCCUGCUUGGGAAGCCUCCCCUAGAAAGGGGCUCUGGGACUGCUGGCACCCCAGAGGGGCAAAAGCAAAGCUGCUGGCAGCACCCAGCAGACACAGGGAGGCCUCCAGGGCCCCAGUAGGGCAGCAGGCAGGCAGUAUGGGUAGCUCCUGCCCAGUGCCUGUGGGAUGGGGUGAAGUGGAUAGCUCCUUGCCUGGCCCUCAGUAUCCAGGCCCACUGCGCUUUAAAGCGGAAAGUCUGCAUUUUCCUAUUAACCAAAACUGUGAGGAGGUCACCCCAUGGUCCCGGGUGGCUGACUGUUUCAUAGCUGGUUUUUCUUUCUCCUCCCCGAAGAACUCCAUUCCUCGUUCUAGAGGAAGGAGUGGGUUUUAUCUGAUCCCCUUGGGGCUUCAGCCUUUUCUGCCUCAAAUAUAUCCCCAACUGGACUAUUGUGGUGCACUCUGUGGUAGCCUCCAGGAGCAGAGGCUUUGCUCAGCAGGGUGCAGUGCAGUCGAGCAAGGGUGAGGUGGCCUUUCUGUCCCCUUGCCCUCUAUGACAUGGCACGCCAUGGCACGUGUGUGAGCUGGCCCUGGUCUCCUGACUCAGUGUGAAGGGAGCCAGGAAAUGCAGCAUCUCCUGCCGUUCUCUCAGGGACUCUCAAGGGCAGCUCCUGCUCCUCGGCCAGGGCCAGCAUGCCAAUCCAGGCAGAGCAGGUGGCAGGUGGCAUCUUGGCACACUCCUCCAUGUGGCCAAGGCCUCAGUGGCAGAAUGCUGCCUCCAGGCAGGUUGGAGGAGCCAUGGGCCCCCACUGGGCUGCGUGAGCUCAAUCUCAGAAGGGGGUCAGCACCUCUGGAAAUAGCUUUGCAAAGAGGGGUGAGUUUGGGGGCAGCGCUCUGGCCCCCUUCCUGUGGAUCCGGCCUCGAGUGGCUUCAGGUGCUUGAUGCUGGAGUGUGCGAAGGCGACAGUGACGGAAGAGGGUCCAGGCUGGAAACUGAGCCUCCUGGUAGAGAACCAGGCAGUGCCGGUCCCUGUUGUGGGGGAGUCUGGCCAGGGCCAGAGCCCCUCCUGCACAGCAGUUCUCAUGGGUGUGUCCUGGGCGGACCAGCAUCUGGCUCAGUCCCAAUCUAUUUAUCAGAGGUGUAAAUAAUCCAUACAUAGUUUUCCUCCUUUUAGAUUAUUUUGUAUUUGUUUUAAAAAAAAAUUUGUCAAAAUACAGAGAAAUGACUGAAAGUUGUUGACAGGGUUUUUUAAAAAUAUUAUUAUUCCAGCUGUUUUUGUUUGUUUUUGCCUUGUAAACUAGCUCCAAGGAACUGCAGCAAAUAAACUCCAAACCUGCCCAAA